AUGUUGGCCGCAAACCCCGGGACCCUUCACAACAAAGGCCGGCACCCGGGCGCCGGGAGCGCCGGGCGCCUCCCCCGGCCAGGCCCGCCUCCCAGGCGCGCGGGGGCCGGGCCGGUCGGCGAGGAGGCCCUUCCCCGCCCUCGCCCGGCCGCGAGGGGCCGACCCCCGGCGCGGGCCUGCCGGGCCCCGGGAGCCGGGGGCGGGGGCGAGCCGGCUCGCCUCCGCGGGCAGGGCCGGGCAGGGGAGGGGAGGGGCGGGGGGCGGCGCUCGGCCGGGCGGCCGGGCUCGGGCCGAGACAAAGGCGCCCAGGUCUGGGGGCUGCCCGCACCCCCUCCCGGGCGGCGCGACCCGGCCCGGCCGACCUUCCCGCCCGCCGCCAUGACCGGGCCUGGAAGUCCUCCUCCCGCGGAGCCCCUCGCGGCCGGCUCCUCCCUCCAGGCCGGGCCCCACUUACCUGUGGGCGGAGAGCGCGCCUCGGACCCCGGUCCUGGCUCAAACGCGCUCUGUCGCCGCCGUCAACCCCCGCCACCGCGGGCAGCGCCACCGCCUCCUCCUCGUGCCAACACCGACGGGACACUCUGGGCCGCCGCUGCCGCUCGAGAGUGCGCCCCGCAACGGCCGCCCCGGCUCCCCCCUGGCCGCCGCCGCCGCCGCCGUUUCGCGCGUCCUCGAGCCCGCCGCGCGCUCCCGCUAAAUACCACACACUGCGGCGGCCGCCAUGAGGAGGCGCGGCCCCGCGCGCCGGCGGCCCGGAGGGGGCGGGGCUUCCACAAGCGCGCAGGCGCAGAGGCGCUCGCGCGGCCGGCGGCGACUUUCGCGGGUCGAGGUGCUGGGUUUCGAGGGUGGCGGUUGGCGGCCGGGUUCUGCGGGCACAGUUGCUGUGACUGA